UGCAGCAGUCAGUCCUUCGGUUGUAGUUCGGUAUAUUGCAUGUACAUGAACAGUCCUUCACUCAGAAGCGAGUGUGCGGGGAAUAUAGUGGAGAACAGACGGAGGGAUAUUUUAAACUAAACCAAACACGCGCCUGCAGCAUUGAGAGACUCCUAGUAAACUCAGUGUUGAGGUGAGCACUCGUGGGGGUCGCAUCGGCGGGAAUGGCUUCGUCUCCGUGCGGCAGUGGGAACUUUGAUUGCGGGCUGGAGAUCCAAACUCGCUCGGUGGAGCAAACACUCAUCCCGCUCGUGUCUCAGAAAUGCUGUUCCAGGACUAACAAAAGAUGUUGAUCCAGGAACACGUCCAACUUGGCAAAUCAAGAUUACCACACUGAUCAAUCACAAAGACAAGCUCAAGAAGACGGAGAAGACCUUACGGGCCGUCCAGAGAGUGGGGCAGGCGGUCAGUGUUGCAGUUGGCCGCUUCGUGGCCGUUGGUGAAGCCAUAGCAGCAGAGAAUGAAGACUUGAAGGACGAGAUGGGACUGGCUUGCUUUGAGGCCCGGAGAGCAGGCACUGCCAUAGCUCAGCUGACGGAUGUGUCCGGUCUGCAGCAGUGUGAGGGUGAUGGGCGCAGCACGGUGUUUAGUGACAGGACCGGCAUGGUGAAAGCUGCUCGCAUGCUGCUGUCCUCUGUUACCAAAGUCCUGGUGCUUGCAGACUGCAUCGUUAUCAAACAGAUCAUAAGCUCUCGCAACAAAGUGCUGGUUACCCUGGAGCAGCUGGAGCGAGUCAGCACUUUUCAGGAAUUUGUCCAAAUCUUCAGCCAAUUUGGGAACGAGAUGGUAGAGUUCGCCCAUCUCACAGGAGACAGACAGAAUGAUCUGAAGGAUGAAAAGAAACGAGCUCGGAUGGCCGCCGCACGUGCUGUGCUGGAGAAAUGCACCAUGAUGCUCCUCACAGCCUCUAAGACUUGUCUGCGACAUCCAGACUGCGAGUCGGCACGGAUCAACAAAGAAGCAGUCUUCCAGCGUAUGCGUCUGGCCCUGGAGCAAGUCAUCGAGAUUGUGACUGACACGAGGAGCGGUGGGGAAGCCAAAGCACUUCCUGUCAGCAUCUACGCUGGGAUUAAAGACUUUAAGGUGAAAGUGGAGGGUCUGAGAGACUCUCUGUUCUGUGUGUCCUGUGAGGCUGUGGCGGCUCAGCUGGAAGCUCUGGUGGAGAAAACCGAAGACUUUACAGACUCUGCCUACACACGCCAUGAGCAGAGAGAGACAAUCAUACAGCUCUGCCAGAUCACACGUCAGGAGACCAAACAGCUCAUCAACACAUGGAGACAUGCGCAGCAAUUCCUUAAAGCCAAAGAGGCCACGGACGAGAUGGAGCUCUCUAUUUUGAAGACUUGUCAGAGUGUCAGUGAUCUCAGGCGAGAGCUUCAUAGGGUGGCGGUGGGAAGGGCCACUGAGCUGCUGAAGCUGCAUUCAGAUCAUCUGGUGCUGCAGGCCCUGAAGGCCUCCGGUGGGGAUGGGAACCUGGAGGCCGUGGCUGAUUAUGCUGGCACACUGACCGAACACAAAGAGCAACUGGUGGAGACUUGUCGUUUGCUCUGCCACAUUUCGGGGACCAAGCCGCUGGAGAUCACCUGUAUUCACGCUGAGGAAACUUUCCGUGUCAUUGGACCUCAGAUCAUCUCAGCAGCACAGACCCUUGCUCUGCAUCCCACCAGCAAGAUUGCUAAAGAAAACCUGGAUGUGUUUUGCGAGGCCUGGGAGUCCCAGCUGUGUGACAUGGCCAUCCUGCUGAAGGAGAUCAACGAUGUGUUCGAGGGCCGCAGAGGUGAUAAGAAAACAUAUCUGUCUCUACCCAGACCAGGGAAACACCUGAAGACGGUCAAGGCUGCCAAACUUGAUGCUGAGGAGCAAACCAGCAUUGCCAAGCUUGGGCUGGAAGUGUGUCUCCUGACCUCAGAUGUGGACUCAGAGGUGGAGCGCUGGGACGAGCAGGACCACGAGAUGGUUCGGCUGUGUCAGAUCAUAUCCAGCAUGGCGUAUUCCAUGUACCUCUUCACCAGGGGGGAAGGACUACUGAAGACAACUUUGGAUCUAUUCCACCAAGCUGAGGUGUUGUCAGACCAAGGUCUCCAGCUGUGCCACAUCCUCCACUCUCUCUCCACACAGCUGCUGGAUGAAGACAGAAUCCUUAUUUUAUCUGAGACCGAGAAGCUGUCAGCCGCAUGUCAACAGCUGCAGGUCUGUGCCAAGACUCCGGUUCAGGGCAAGAGCGCCAUCUUUCAGAAGGUCGACUCAUCCAUACAGAAUACCAAAGGCAUCUUGACAGUGGUGGUCUAUUUACUGCCCAUCUGUAAUAAGCUCAUCAGAAAGUGUAAAUCAGAACGCAGCUGUCUGGCUUCACCUCAGCACUGCAGGGAGACGCAGCAGAGCACGGCCGUCAGUGAGGAGACUCUGAAUGGCUUCGGAGUCAAAUCCCUGGAGCAGCACAUGGCCAAUCUAACAUUCCUGGAGAGCAAAUAGUUCUGAAAACCAAAGGCGCUUCUGCCUGUUCUCACGCACACAGUGCAUGGCAAUGCACUCGCCCACGACGUGCCAUUCUUUGUGCUUCUGCCCAUUCGCUUUGUGGUGUAUGAUAGCGUUAUUAUUACCAGCCUCAUUCCAGAUACCAAAAAACACUGAAGAAAAAACCCUUCAUUAAUUGCAUGUGUUCCAAGUCAUCAUGCGACUCUUUCAAGUGUAAUGGCUGGUAAAUAUGCUCCGGUUUUAACCGAAUAUUCAGCUGCGUUUCUUGUGAUUAGCCAACAUUGAGGUGUACAUGAUAAAAGUUUUGAUGCAAAAAAAAAACUGCACACUGUAUGUAACAUAACUGCCUCAUGUACAAGUUGAUGCCAAAUAUAUCCAGUUUAAAUCAUCUUCCUACACUGGUUUCGACACAGGGCUACAGGACACAGUUUCAGUGACUUUGGAUAUUAGUAUGAAAAAGGUUGAGUGUUUACAGCAGGGAACGUUACUUUCCAAAGAAGCAUUUCUGAAGGAUGACAAUGAAAAAUACAGUUCCUUUUAAAGGGAUAGUCCACCUAAAAAUGAAAAUUGGUAGCGUUUUUUUUACCCUCGUGUCAUUCCAAACCAGUAUGUCUUCAUGCAAAACACGAAAUUAAGUGAUUUUGAAGUCUCAAAAUGUCAAAACAUCAUCUUUUAUGAUGAUCAUACAGGUUUGGAAUGACUUAAGGGCAAGUAAAUUUUAAUUUUCAGGCGAACUGGCCCUUUAAAUGUACUUUCGUAGGAGUGACAGCUUUGUAAUAGUAUUGACUGCCUUGUAGGUCACUGUGAUUUGUAUUUUUACUUUAGUCCUAACAAUGUUAAGUCAAGCUUUGGUACAUUAACCAAAAAAGUUAGAGAUGGUAUAUAUAUCAACAGCUUGGGCUGUUGUACUGAAAUUUCUAGUACGGCACAGAUUAAAAGGCUCUUCAGAAUUUGGUUUCUAUUCACACACCAAUUCUAGUUGAUACUCUGCUAAAAGAAAAAAAAAGUUCCUCCGAAUUAAACUUCAGUCAGUCUAACCAUAAGCUUAAGAGAUGACUGUGCAGCUAUGACCUCGAGUUGUAUUAGUGUUGGACCAUUGAAUGAUUGUGAAAUCAGAAAACAAUAAAAUCUAAAUAUAUGUUAUUUUUCUUAAA